UUUUUUAAAUAGCUCUAUUUGCUUAUGAUGUCAAAUGAGUAUCUUGGACCGUGGUACGAAAAUCAACCAAAGACCGGUAAUCUUAACAAUUCAGAUAUGAAUAAUAACACUAACAAUAUUAACGAUGAUACAUGUGAAAAAUUAUUGGAGGGAAUUGCUGAAGCCAAAACCACCAUUGAUUUAUUUUUAAAUAAUCGAUUUGAAGAAGCAAAGAAUCGUUUACACAUGAAGUAAUCGGAAUCUUAUUUUCAUUAAAUGACUGUCUCUCUCUCUCUUAUUAAGUACACAUAGUGGUAUGUAUCAGGAAUUAUCAAAUUCUACAAUUUUAUUUAUUCAAGGAAUGGCUACAAUAGAACAGGAAAAUCUUGAAACUGCUAAAGAACAAUUGAAAACAACUCUUAAAGCAUGUCAAGCAAAUCGACGUAAAGCAGCUAUUAGUGAAACAUUCACUAAACAAAUCGAGAAAAGUCGUAAUAUCAUUUAUAGUUUAUAUACAGAAGAACAGGCUCAUGCUGAACUUUGUUAUGCGGAAGGUUUACUUCAACUGGCAUUUCUUUCAAUGUUACAAGAUGAAAAAUUAACAAGUCUUAUAAAAUGUUCCUUGAAAAUAAGACAAUGUUACAAAUGUUACCGAAUAUGUUGGAGAAUAUUAAAAUAUCGAAAUUGGCAAAAUGAAAUUAGUAAAUCAGCUUUUGAAAGUGGUGUACAUUUAGGUGUUGGAGCUUUUAAUUUAAUGAUCUCCAUGCUUCCUAGACGUGUAUUGAAAUUACUGGAAUUUGUCGGAUUCUCCGGAGAUCGUCAAUUCGGCUUAGAACAACUUAGAAUGGGUGCAGGUAUGAAAGAUUCAUUACGUGGUCCGUUAUGUGCUCUAUUAUUGUUAGCAUAUGAUUUAUAUGCUACUCAUAUGUUAGGUGACAGUGUUGUCAGUGUAUCUUCUGAACAACCAGAACAUAUGAAAGAAGCUCGUGAAUUAUUAGAUCAUUGGUCUAUUGUAUAUCCAAAUAGUGCUAUAUUUUUAUUAUUAUCUGGUCGUUUAGAAGAAAUAUCUGGAAAUUUACAUCAAGCUAUCACAUUAUUUCAACGUUCAAUAAAUUCACAAUCUGAUUGGAUACAUUAUCAUCAUUUAUGUUAUUGGGAAUUAAUAUGGUGUUAUGCAUUACAAGCAGAUUGGCAAAAAGCAAUUUUAUACACAGAGAAAUUAGCAUUAGAAAGUCGAUGGAGUCAAGCGUCUUAUAGAUAUAUGAAAGCAGCUUUCCUUUUACAAAGUAUAGAAGAUCGUACUGCAUAUGAAAUGAAAAAUCAUGAUGGUGUAAUUGAAAAACCACAAGAAGUGGUUGAUCAAUUAUUAACAGAUAUACCGCAUAUGAUAAAACGUUUCGGUGGUCGAUCACUACCAAUUGAGAAAAUUGCUUUGAGAAAGUCUUCACGAUAUUUUGCACAGAGUAAAAGAUUAACACUUCCAGCUUUAGAACUUAUAUUCAUUUGGAAUGGAUUCAAAAUGAUUCAAUCACAACCAGAUGCUAUAACAGCAUUUAUUAUGAUAUGUGAGAAUAAAAUCAAUGAAUUAUUUCAAAAUAGAGAUACAAGUGAAACAUUUUAUGAUGAUUAUUGUUUAGCUUUAAUGCUUAAAGGAGUUUGUCUUAGAUGUCGUGGUCAAGCAUUUCAAGCUUAUAUGUGUUUCACUGAAAUAAUACAAUCUAAACGAAAAUUAAAAAUGGACACUUAUCUUUUACCAUAUUGUGAAAUGGAGUUAUGUCAUUUAUCAUAUGAAGAAGGAGAAAUUGAUGAAGCAGUGAAACAUUUAGAAAAAGCAUUAAGUUAUAAAAAUUAUCAUUUAGAAUCAAGAUUACACUUUCGUAUUCAUGAAAUGGAUACACGACUCAAAGAGAACAAACGUAAACUAUCAACUGUUACAAUACAUCAAGAACAACAAUCUCCAAUUAUGAAAAAAGCUGGCAGUGAAUACUUUCUUACAUCACCAAGUAUCUUUUCCAAUAAUAGUAAUAAUAAUAAUAAUAAUAACAAUAGUGAUAAUAAAUCAAUAUCAUCGUUUAAAUCAGUUGAUAUUCCUGCAAAUUAUUCAUCAUUAACAUCAACAUCAGAAUCGUUAACAGUACCGUCAUCAUCAUCAUCAUCAAGAAUAACAACAACAACCAAAGUGAAGGGUGCUUUAUCGGCAAGAAAUUUAUCGCAUUCAAAAAAUAGUAGUGUUGAAACAUUGUCUUUAUCAUCCGAUGCUAGACGUUUAUUCGAUGAAGAUGAUUUAGACGAUGAUGAAACAUUCACUAUGGAUUAUAUACAAGAUGAAUAGAUUUAAUGGUAAUAUGCUUUUUCCAUGGUAAGUCAUUGAGCGUUUAUCUAUGGACUAACUAUGGACUAACCUGCGUUAGUUGACCAUCGUACACUAGGAAGUACUGGACAGGUGUUGUAUGUUAGUGAAGAACCGACAAACUGUUCUCAUCCAUGACCCUGUCAAUCAUUGGACCUAAGACCUGCGGACCUCACAUUGAGUAAUUAACUAUUAGACCACGUAGCCGAUAUCCAGCGAUUUACAUUUUUGACUUUAAUUGAUUCACGAUAUUACACAACCACAUCUUCCAAUGAUAUUGGUAGGCGACCGUCGCACAUCUGAAAUGGUUGGGCGCCGAGUACCUGUUGAAAUUAAUCACCAGUGAGGAUAUAGCCAAUGCAGUGGAUUCGUUCUUACUAAUUUUUGAUGAUUUGCUUGCUAAUAUUAUUCUUUAAUAUACACUACAAUUGAAAAAAUGAUAGUAUUUAGGAGGAAAACAUUAUAUCGAAGAGGCUAAUAUGCAUGCGUACAAUUUAGCAUUUUAUUAUUGUAUUUGACUGCCAACUUUGAGAAACAUAAGAAGCGUGAUUUGAUGAUCCUACACGAGACUGAGGUGGAGACUCUCAAGUAUCGAAAGGAGCACAACACUUUUAAGCUAGUGAUCUAGAGUUCGACGGUUAAUGCUUUCAAAUUCAUUCAAUCCCUGAACAAAAAAAUACUUCAUGAUAUCUUGUAACUCCUCAGUAGUACGUACCAAUGAUUUCGUAUACAGUACUGAAUCUGAGAAUUUCGGGUCUACUGGUAAGAAAGGAAUUUUGAAAAUGCACAGUGUUGAAUAACGAAUGAAAAGUAAUGUACUUUAUCUUUCAGGUUCAAUCAUAUGUUGAGCGUUGUAGGUGCUUAUUGUCGUAUAGUCGAAUUAGAGUAUACUGUGUCUAGCAUUAGAUAACUGCAGUUUUAAAUCUAGCCAUCAUGCUGGUUCCUUGUAAAAUAAGAACCAUAUCACUAAGUGCCAUGGUCAAAGGUACUAACAUCGAACUAUUUAAGACAUUUCCUUAUCUAAAAUCAUAAAUUUAUAUUAGCCGAACCACCGUCGAAAACUUGGAAGAGAUAGACGGCCAGCUGAUCAUAGUAAAGCAUAGGAAGGCGUACUCAUGAACUUCAAGUUCCGUGCGCGGACGCUGAACCUAUAGGCUACUGAGUCAGUAUCCAAUGGUGUUAAUGUCUAACUCAAACCAAUUCACAAUAUUCCGCGACUAUCUUUUAUUACGUGCAAUGAAUAACCGUAUCACACUCGGCAUGGUUGAACUCUACUGGUUACUGCAUGUUACUAUGAUCAAAUAAUAGUAACCUACUAAUAUCCUUUACUCUUACCGGCCAUGUUUCACU